CGUUCCUUCAGAAACAUCCUGACUUUGUAACUGAGCUUCGCCGAGCAAUGGCACGUUUCAUGCCGUUCGUUUGUGCACAGUUUUUUUAUUUUUUCACCUCAUUUGUCAACGCGACAAACUGGAUUUGCCCUGCCAGCAAUAGUUUUUGUUACCAGAGAAUCAACGAGCCCCCACAUUCGUGGAACGCAAGCCGAGCUAGAUGUGUCGAAAUUGGAGGAGAUCUUCCAGGAGAAGAUCAUUUGCACGAGUUGGCACGAUUGCGGAUAAACGAAGGCAAACCAUUCUGGACUAGUUUGUGCUUCAGUAAUGGACGUCUGCAGUGGUUGGGAAUCAAGAAUUCAUAUGUUGAAAGAGAUCUGAGUUUUAUUGGCAAUCUGCUCCCUGAAUUAACUCGCCCUGCUGACGGACAAAUGUACUGUUUCGAAACAGGUCGAAAUCCGUUGAAAACCUUCGAGUUGAAACAUAGUCAAGAUUUGGCAAACGCCAUAUGUAUCUCAGACGUGAGAUCCCUUAUUCGUCAACCCACAUUUUCACCACAAAGAGGGCAAAUGUUAUCGGUGUCGGCGGUGACGGAAGGCGCUGACAUCGAUUGGGGGCCCAUCGGGCAAAACCGCGAUGGUUUCAUGAACAUUUUCCCACCCAAAACGACUUCCCUAAAGUUGAAAUGUGACGUCAGGAUUACGAGUGAUGUAGAUAAAUCAGCUGUUACCAUUAGGUGGAUGCGAAAUGGCGGUUAUGCACGCAAUUUCUCACAGGAGUUGGUCAAGUUUGCUUCUGAAGAAGAUCUCAUUCCUUGGAUUGGGUUCAUCACUUGUGAAGCAACAUACCGAAAUCAAGUGGUUACUGGUCGAGGGUUCCACCUGGUUAUGUGGAACACCGUGACCACUCGUCUCGUUUCCACUUGCACAUCCUGUCGAUUACUGAACAUGUUAGACGCAGCAAAAAUUAUUUUGGCGCAGUUUGUCGAAGAGGAAAUCACUCCAGGAGCUGGAAACGCACUCGAAUUCCAUACGGAGCCACCUGUGAUCACAGGUCACUUCAUCUCCUUUAUGAUUCACAUAAAAAACAAAAAAAUCGACAAGUUUGAUUUUAAAAUGGCCCAGAAACUCGGACAGCAUUUCGAACUUUCCCGUUGGGCAAAAAGUCGUUCACUUUUCCUCCCUAAGGGCAACUUCGAUUUGCUUCUCGAUAUCAUUAGCCCAUGUAACAUGGCUUUACCUCAAGAUCGCGGUAACAUUACAUGGACUGGAUAUCUGGGCCAGACCGUACCGUCCGGCAAUUUCAUCGGUGAAUCUAUCUGUGUUGAUAACCAUGGAGACAUCAUCACACGGAGCUGCGGACUUCCCGACUUGCGUCCAAUUCGUUUCCAGAAAUGUUAUGCGAUGAAAAAUAGAAAAGAAGAGCCGCAAUGUUUGCACGGCUUCGAGAAGGCUCUUGACGGGAACUGUUAUCGAAUAACUGAGGUCACAACAUUUGCAUCCGCCGUCUCUAAAUGUUGGGCCGGUUGGCCUCUUCAGCCUGAAAUUUUGCGGCCGAAAACGGUGGACGAUUGGAUCCAGAAUUCACAGGAAGGCACUUAUCGGAUUCAAUCAGCAUCCUUACGACUAGUAUGGCUUCCUUUUCGGCAAUUUAAUAAAGCCAUGCCUCUCCAGUCUCCUAUCUGGAAUUGGAAUAAAGCGAGUGAUCGGUGGAUUCUGCAAGCAAAUGACUGGGAUGUUAGAACGGAAAAUAGAGAAGGUGAUGAAUUAUGUAUGGCUUACGAUUUGACACAUAACCGAAUCAUAACCAAGUCGUGUCAAGAUCGUCUGCCAAUGAUUUGUAAUCGACCAGAGUUGCCUUCGAAUAUCAGUUUCAUAAUCAGCAGUCAAACGGAUCAUGCACGCCAAUACUAUUGCGAGGAGGGAUGGCUCACACAUUUACUCGUUAUCGACGACGGCAUUUGUUAUAAACGUUUCACACUAAAAGAAGCUGUCGAUGCUGAUGAAGCUCAGCAUUUCUGCAUCCAGCAAGGUGGUCAUCUUGCUGUCGCACCUACACAUAACAUGAGAAUAGCCCUAGAACAAGUUUAUGCGAUUUUCAACAAUCAGAGUAUCGUGGAUUCUUGGAUCGGUUUGAGGAAUCGAGGUGAAAAACCAGGAGCAUUCAAAUGGGUCAACGAAACGGCUGGAGUUUCCGGCAGUUCGACAUACAACUGGCAGCCGUUUCAAGAAUUCGGUAGCGGUUACGGUGUUAGUACUGGCAUCACUCGUGCCUGGUGGAAUUGGCCGCGUGACACCAAAAUAUGGGGAGUAUUGUGCCAGAAAACGUUGACCAAUUGGCACACCAAUAUCCAUUUACUUCUUGAACAAUUGUCCAGCAACGAGUAUGCUCUCGUUUUCAACUACAAUUCGGAGGAUUAUCGCCAAGAAAAGAAACGGAGAUACCCGCAAUUGAAGAAGCCAUUCUGGCAAUUUGAAUUCGAUGUUGUCUGUUAUUUCAAUAAUUACGUCAUGCACAUUCGAUUUCCCGUCGGCCGGGAAUAUUAUCGUGUACAUAUUCCCAGUGCAAUGGGAUCAGGUCGGUUAAUUUGCGAGGGGUGGCUAAACGGGCCGGCAAUUCGGUUCCAGUCUAAUGCAGUCAUUCACCGAAAUGAUCAUGAAAUCGAAAGCGAUUACGAUUCGCAUGAAUAUUAUUAA